GGUCCGGCGUGCUCUGCGCCAGACCCGCCCCGCGCACGUGUCGCGGCUGCCCAGGCUGCGGCGGAAGAGGUGUACAACGGUGCCAGCACUCAUGGCCGGUCCCCUGUGGCGGGCUGCAGCAUUUGUGCAGAGACACAGGACAGGCCUGUUGGUGGGUUCCUGUGCAGGGCUGUUCGGGGCCCAGAUCUCAUACCACCUCUUCCCAGAUCCCGUGAUCCAAUGGCUGUACCGGUACUGGCCUCAGGGCCAACCAGCCCCACUCUCCCCAGAGCUGGGGGGGCUCUUCCAAGAGGUGCUCCAGGACAUCGGGGUCCCUUCAGGCCACAGCUACGAGGCUUUCACCACGUUCACCUUCCAGCCCGUGAGUGCUGGCUUCCCGCGACUCCCUGCGGGGGCUGUAGUGGGCAUCCCAGCCACCUUCCUGGGGAGAACAUUGACCAACACCGAUCACCCAGUGGUGGUGCACGGGCAAAGAGUGAACUGGCAAAGCCCAGCAGGCGCCCGGCUGAGAGAUGCCUUGACCCUGUCCCAUGAGGCCCAGAAGUUUGCCUUGGCCAAGGAAGUGGUAUACCUGGAGAGCGGUGCAGCCGCCCUCCAGGCCCUGCCGGCCCCAGCUUGCCUAGCAGGAACCUGGGCCCUGGGCGUGGGUGCCAAGCAUGCACUGGGGCUCUACGGAGGCCCCAUGAAUUUACGGGCAGCCUUCAACCUGGUGGCAGCAGUGUUGGGCUUCGUAGCCUAUGCCUUCUCCACGGACUCUCUCACUCAUGCCCUGGAAGGCUGGCUGGACCGUCGCACAGCUGCACUGUCUGCAGCCUAUGCCCGAGGGGGCGUGGAGUUCUAUGAGAAGAUUUUAUCCGGCAAUGUAGCCCUGCGCAGUGUCUUGGGCAGUCACGGAGAGAAGCUGUAUACGCCCAGCGGGAACAUCGUUCCCAGACACUGGUUCCGCAUCAAACAUUUACCCUACACGACCCGCCGGGACUCCGUGCUGCAGAUGUGGAGGGCAGCACUCACCGCGGGCCAUUCCUGAGGGUCUCAUCACAGGAUGGAUGGGGCUCAUGCAGACACCACCCUGCUGUUGACUCUGGGGGCUCUUGGUGCCUCCGGCCCCAGAACCCAGUGUCAAAUGAAUCAGAGACUCUGAAACGAAACAGCCUAGAUUCUACCCCUGUCCAUGAUUCCAGUGAUCUUGGGCGAGUCCCUUUUGAAUCUGAGCCUCAGUUUACUCCACUGUAAAAUGGGGGUAUUUGUCAAUCACCUGGCAGGAUUUGGGGGUUGUGUGAGCUAUGAACAAAAGGGCCUGGCCAAGAGGACACGCCAUCAAUGAUGGGAUGUCCCUCCUUGGUCUUAGAAUUCCAGCAGGCUGUGGGAGUCAGGCCACAUCUCCCCACCAGCAGUGCUUAUAGGACGGGAACACUUUCCUACAGUGAAGAACCACCAUGUAGUUCACCUUGUGGUCUCAUCUCACUUCCUUCCACCAUUGGAGAAAGUAAAGCUUUUAGAGGCCUGGGUGAGAAGCUAGCAUGGCCCUGAGAGGCUAGGAGAGGGAGCUUGAGGUGGGAUUUCAGAGCAGGUUUACCCAGGCCUGAUGGCAUGCUCAGACAGAGCCCCUUUGCCUGAAAGGGAGAGAAAGCGUUGCUGGAACCUGGCAAGACCUGUGGCAUGGGAGACUUGGCAGGAACUCUGGCCAGAGGAAGAAGGAACGAGCCAUUGCAAAACCACGGCCUUGCCGGGAGGGCACCUGUUGAUGUAGUCCAGAGCGUGGUCAGUACCUGGAGAGGAGAGGAACUGGGCGGUUCCGAGGGGGAUGGCAGGGAGGAAGCAGGGUGGAGGUGGGUGAGAUAGACUGGGCCUAGUGUCACAUCCGUGGCCCAGGGGAAUGCUGCACCCUUACUCUGUUCGUUUCCUUCAAGGCUUCCUGGUGGCAGGUAGAUCAGACCCCACUUUUAAUCCCUGGACAGGAGACCCCUUCCCAGGGAAGGUGAGAGCAGCUGUGGCCAGAAAGCCAGACUCACUUGGCCAUUCAUGUAUUUUUAUUGCCAAUUGUGUUUUCCCCGGAAGAAUGGAAGCAUUCAGGCCUGGCGCCGGUGUAAUUCAGGGUGAAGAGAUGGGGCCACUCCUAGGGAAGGGCGCAGGGCAGUACCAGGAAGCCCACUCGGCCCUGGCACGUACUUCCUGCCGGAGACCGAGCAGGCAGUGAGCAGGGUGCGGUAGCAGGUCUUCCUGCUGGGUCAGUCACAGUGGCUGGAGGUCAGUGCUCUGGCUCCAUUCGACCAGCAUGUGGGUCCCAGUGUUCGGCCUAGGCAGACACCCAUCCCUCAGAUCCCGGGAUGGUAGUGCACACAUGCUUGAUGAAUGCAGAGGUGGACAGAUGAGUUACUGAGCGGGUGAGCAAGUCUCCACUCUGGGAAAUGCCACUGCAGGAGACCCCUUGGCUUGUCAUCCAAGUGCUGCUGCCACGUGUGACUGAUCUUGGCCAGAGAAGUGUAGCUUGGGGUCUGGAUUUGAGGAGUUCCAGCUGCUCCCCAAUCCCCAUGCCAGCGACUUUCAGUACUGCAGGAGCAGGGUGAUGGCUUCAGGCGUUCCCCAGGUGGUUCCUCCAGUCCAUUGUCCCCACCUCUCCCAGUUCUUGGACAUGCAGUUCUGAUUGGGUUCCAUCCUGCGGACAACCCUCUGCGGGUGCCCCGUAGCUUUCUGGCUAGAGCUGCCUCUCUGAGCCCUGGCCUAAUGGCCUCUCUAGCCAUCUGGUGUCCUGUCUCCCACCCCCACCCCCCCAGCUAUAUGGAGCCUAACCUCCAUAACCUCCAUGGUUGCUUCACUGCUGGCCCCCUCCUUCCUCAGUGCCUGGGUCUGGGCUGCUCUCUCCCACCCUGCCCUUGUCUCAGGUCCUCAGAGCUCCUCCAGCAGGAGUACUCAACCACCUGACUCCGAACCUUCCCCAUUCGUGCCUGUCCCAUGCCCUGUACCUCUCCGCCCCCCUCAGGGCUUACUGUAAAGAAGUUACCCGGCAGAUAGUACUCAGCCUCCCCUCCACUGAAACAUACUGUCUGCAAGGGCAGGGUGAUGGGUCUUGUUACUGCUCUGGACUGAGGCCUUCCAUAACAUUGUUGAAGACUCGAGCAAGGCUCUGAAGCUACAGCAGCUGGGCCUGGCACCCUAGAGGCUGAGCCGUGACUGUCCAGCUGGCUGUGCAUGUGGGCAAGGCCAUCUGAAUCCUAUGUGACCCUGUCCUGGCUUCCCAACUUGGGACUCUCCAAGGGCAGGGCCUGGCCCCGAUCUGGGGUUGUUGUUCCAGUGGGGGGACACAGGACACUUCUGGUCACUUCCAGUAGAGCACAGAUUCCCACUCGGGCCACCAGCCCCCCCCCCCCCAAGGAGCUUUAGGAAAAAGAGGAACCUCCAAGUUGUAUGAUAUACUGUGCCCCCACACAUGGAUUUGCAGUUUGUUCCCAGAAAGCUUCAAAAACAUGCUCCAUGGCUUCAUAGAUGGGCUAGGUGGCAGGGAGUUAGCUGGUACAGGUUGCUUCUUUCCUCAGAUGCCAGCUGCGUGCCUCAGUCGUCAGCAUUGCCCUGUGUCCCAGGUGAACGUUGUUCUCCUGAGUAACCCCCCGCCCCCGCCAGCUACAUGUUCACAGUUCUCUGAGUGUGAAUAUGCAAAGAUACCCAACACCCCAGAACAGUCCUCCAUAGGAUUCCAAACUAGGCUAACUGAGAGGGCUACCGCAAUAGAAAUGCUCUCCGUGCUCCUCCCUGUGCCUACAUAUGCACGCACACAUGCAGACACAGCCGGAACACAGGAAAGGGGGUCCCAGAGUCUUAUGCCAUCACUGGCUCUGCCCAUUCCUGACCCUAGCAGGUCCCACUGCCUUGCCCAGAAGCCACAGCGCUGUGCCCCGUGCAGCUGUGCCUAUAGCCGGCACAUACACGUGGGACCCACAUCUCCAGGCAGGCUUAUACCCCAGGCUGGGCUGGAACAGAUGUUUGGGUCCUUACCCAGCAAGACCUCCCGCCCACUACAGCCCUACAGUAAUGCCCACGGGACCUCUGUUGUGCACCAGACACUGCAAGCUUCCUAGAAUCUUUUUUCAGUUAGCCCCAGAUUGGAAGAGGUAGUUGGUAAUGUCAUUUCAAUUUUAUAGGCAAGGAAAGAGCACAGAAAGGUGAAGAAAUGGGCCCCAAACCAUAAAGCUUUGAAAGUGACAGAACAAGGAUUUGAAGUCAGCACCCUGGUUCCAGAUCCCUGUUGGGAGGCCUUCAUUUACACUGUCCUGUUAAUCCUGAGGGUUUUGUCGUGGAAAUUUGUGCUGUGGCCUCUACAGCCUUUCUUCCAUGCCAGUUAGAGAAGACUUUCCGACCUCACCUCUCGUCAGGAAAAAAUGGCCACUGAGCAGAUCUUUCUGGAACUUCCAGGGGAGACACUUUCAGCUAGCUGAAGAGGAGGGGGCUGCCGAGUCCAUCUGAUUUGGUGCUGAGGUGGGAAUGGGGUGGAAGCGCCAUGGGUUACAGAGCCCUUGGGCCCCGGCUGAAGACAAGGUUGCCAUGGGAAGCAGGAGAGGACUCGGCAGCCAGCUGUGGGGUCAAAUGCUGGUCCUCCCACUUUAGCAGAGUGACUUUGAACAAGUGAUUCCACAUUUCUGCCCGCGAGCUUUCUAUUAAAUGGGGAUGUUAACAUGUAGCUCCUGGUAUUGUUUUGAUAAAAUGAAAUAAAGUUUGCAAAAUGCAAAGCCCAA